GGGGUUGUUGUUGUCAGGGGCUAAAUGCACUGCUGUGGGAAGCACAGCUAUUUCUCUCUGAGCUUUAGGAAAGAGCCUCAGGCUUCUGGUCUGCCAGGGUGGACUAGUGCAAGGAUGGGAAGUUUGGGAUGUGAGGGGUCUCUGUGCCUGCCAGUUGCGGGCUGCUUCCCCUGCUCCAAGACACAGCCUGUGCCGGUAGAUGUGCUCCCAGAACUCAUCAGGCACGGCCGGGAGAGGAUAGGACAAACCAUCAAGGCCUCCGGCUCCAGACUCUGCUCCUAUGCUGAGCGAGUUGCUUUUUUAAUGGAUCGUUCCCGGAGCCCAGAUAAAAGCACCCAGCCUCCAACACCAACUGACAACAUCAACCUUGGACCUUCUGCUAACCCAAAUGCCAAGCCAACAGACUUCGACUUUCUGAAGGUUAUUGGCAAAGGAAGCUUUGGAAAGGUCCUCCUGGCCAAACGCAAGUGUGAUGGGACUUUUUAUGCAGUGAAAGUCUUGCACAAGAAAACCAUCCUAAAGAAAAAGGAGCAAAACCACAUCAUGGCAGAACGCAAUGUACUGCUGAAAAAUGUCAAGCACCCCUUCCUGGUGGGACUCCACUACUCCUUCCAGACCUCAGAGAAGCUUUACUUUGUGCUUGACUAUGUGAAUGGUGGAGAGCUCUUCUUCCACUUGCAAAGGGAGCGCUGUUUCCGUGAGCCCCGGGCGCGGUUCUACGCUGCAGAAGUUGCCAGUGCCAUCGGGUACCUGCAUUCCCUAAACAUCAUUUACAGGGACUUAAAACCUGAGAACAUUCUCCUGGAUUGCCAGGGACACAUAGUGCUGACAGACUUUGGACUCUGCAAAGAAGGAAUGGAGCAAGAGGAGACAACUUCUACUUUUUGUGGCACUCCUGAGUACUUGGCUCCUGAGGUGCUAAAGAAGCAGCCCUACGACAGGACAGUAGACUGGUGGUGCCUAGGAGCUGUCCUCUAUGAGAUGCUCUUUGGACUGCCUCCUUUUUAUAGCCGGGAUGUCUCUCAGAUGUAUGACAACAUCCUGCACAAGCAACUCCAGAUCCAAGGGUGCAAGACUGUGGCAGCUUGCGACAUCCUCCAAGGACUUCUCCACAAGGACCAGAAGAGGAGGCUGGGUGCUAAGACAGACUUUCUUGAGAUAAAGAAUCAUGUAUUCUUCAGCCCAAUAAACUGGGAUGACUUGUACCACAAGAGGAUUACUCCUCCCUUCAACCCCAAUGUGGCUGGUCCAGCUGAUCUGCGACACUUUGAUCCCGAGUUCACCCAAGAAGCGAUCUCUGCCUCCAUCACCCACACGCCUGACCUGGCAGCCAGCAGCUCUAGUGCCUCAGAUGCAUUUUUAGGGUUUUCUUAUGCACCAACUGAUGAAGACAUUUAGUUUUUACCAAGGCUUUGAGAAGCCAGUUUUUAACUGAAUGGGUUUUAUGUUGGUUGGGUGCGUGUUCUUCAUUCGCUCACUUUGAAAGGAUUGUGACUGUGCUUUGCUUGUGGUUGAAGGAGAUUGGGACUAAUAACACUAACUGGCUGAGAUGGAACAGAGUUCUUUUAACUUGUACUGUUUGGAUUGCCCCCUUAAAUGACUGUUGCUCUGGCAGGGAAGGUGAGACACAGAGUCUGAUUUUUAUAUAUAUAUUCUUUCCCUGAGUGUCUUGUGCUACUUGGCAGAAUUGUGUUCACUCUGGUUGUAUUAUGGUUGAGGUAUGUCCCUGUAACUGGCCACUCUUGUUGUGAAGUUAGCUCUGCCCAGUACCCUCCCAAGUGUUGUGCUUCCUAGCAAAAUAGACUCUUCGUGCCUCACAGGAGCAGCACUUUUCUUUAGGUGGACUUUGGUUGCUGAUUCUGGACUGAGAGAGAGUGCAGACCUGCUCAGCUACUGCUGCAAAGUCUGCUGUAGAUGUGUAUAUCCUGACCUGUGCUCUGGCUCUUCAGGCCAGCCAGUCUUUCUCUAGCCCAGGAGCGUGCCACUGCUGAAGUGACAAGGAGGCAGUGAUGCUGUUGAGGGGGAAAGCACAGAUAACAUAAGUGGGGAAGAGGCUGAGUUGAUCAGAAAAAUAAAGGUAACUUUAGGGCCAAACCCUGCUUGGGGUGGGGGAUCCUUUCCCACCAUGGGCUUGCUAUGCCCACACUACUGCAAGGAGCAUGACCUAGAGCACCUCAGAGCACCGCACAGGGAGGGAGGCUGAGCCCGCUCCCCGCCCUGUGCUGGGGUGGUAGCACCACUGAGCCCUCGCACAGGGGCCAGCAGAGCAGCCGCAGCGCUGCAGGCGCCAGCACCCCUCUGAAACGCCUGGCACCAACGCAGAACACUUAUUUAUUCUGCCUUAAUUUAUAUGUCCGUAUGCUCACAGACUGUCACUUCUUGGGCUCUUGUGUUUUGUUGCGGUGGGAGGGAGAAAGCGGGGUGCUGAUGUGGGGGUGAAGAAGGGGCUUGCUGCAACUGGUGUGAUGCUCUUGCUGUGCUGGAACUUCUUUUUUUAUGCUGAAGUCAACAGCAACCUGACCUGGUUUGUAUUAAAGUGCACACACUGA